AUGAGCACUUCAGUCAGCUCGACGGCGACCCCGACGGGGUCAAUGCCGUCUGCCACUACUAGCGGCAAUGGCGGCGGUGGUGGAAGCGGACCGAGCUCGCCGUUGCUCUUCUUCGUCGCCCUCGGCUUUGGCGUUGUCUUCACAAAUCUAUGGAUCAUCGUCGGCGUCAAGUAUUGCUUUCGCUACAAUCAGCGCAACCGAGCUCGUCUGGCUGGCGAAGAUCCCGAUGCAGUUGAUAUGGCCAACAUGCCACAACGGCGCAGGCGCCGCGAGAAGAAGCUGAUGUCCAUGGAAGAGGUCAACGAAAAAUUCCCACUCACAAAGUACAAGACCUGGCGCAGCAACCAAGCCGAGCAAGGUCUGCCGACUGCAGGCGGCAUCACAGCCGAUGGCGCAGCUAGUCGCCCCGCCAGCAUUCGAGGCGUGGCGAGGGCGUCAGAAGAUGCGAACAAGCACACAGAACUCGCCACUACUCAGACGAUCUCGACAACAGCAGAGACGGAUACGGAGAAGCAGGAGAAACAUGGCAAACCUGAAGUCAUUCGCGCCGACACGUCCGACGCACAACCGUCGACGCCUCGACCGAAGACCGCCACCUCGACCGACGCACCCGACACACCUGUCAUUCAGAAAGUAACAUCGAAUGAUGGCGAAGAGGAGGAUGAUGACCAUAUUCAGACGGCGGUGCCCGCCGAGCAGCUCCCAGAUCCUGGCGAUACCUGCGCCAUCUGCAUCGAUACGCUCGAAGACGAUGACGAUGUCCGAGGGCUGCUAUGCGGUCACGCCUUCCACGCAUCUUGUGUCGACCCAUGGCUGACGAGUCGACGAGCCUGCUGCCCACUCUGCAAGGCUGACUACUACGUGCCCAAACCACGACCUGAGGGUGACGGAACAACCCCGACUGCGCCACAGACUGCAUUCAUGGGUGAUGGCAGACGACGACCGACGAUGGUCCUGCCAGGCCGCUUCAUGUCGAUUGUAUAUGACGAGCGGGACAGAUAUGGCUUCCCGCGAGUCAUGCGUCAAGAGACACCAGCCGAGCGACGACGGCGAGAGCGUCGAGAACAGCGGUUGCGAGAACGGCAUGCCGCCAACGGUGGAAUUCCCGAUGUGCCUCCCAAUACGGCUACGGACGGUGCUGAGGCUGGAACAGAAGGCCAGAUUCAGCCGCAACAACACCAACAGAAUGGUGGAUGGCGGUCUCGUCUGCGCAUCCCGAGAAUACGAUUCAAUCACGGCGCUGCCAAUACUCUGGUGGCCAGCGAGGGCGUGAUGCCUUCCGACGAGCAACGGAGGAGCGGGACUCAGAACAGAGCACCCGAGAUCCACGAUGGGUCAAGAGAGCCUGUGACACCGGCGCAGCUCGAAGCCGGGCAGCAGGGCCAGUCGCAGGCUGGAAGAGGAUAG